AGUUGCUGGAUCAGUUUGACUCGUGGAUACACGUACCCUCAUCCACACGAUGGAUAAAUCCACACUUGAUAUAAAUAUCAAAUCAUUUUUUUAAAAUUAAUAAAUUUAUUAUUUUUUUAAAUCUUGACAAGAGUGAUUUCCCUUUCAGUAUUAGGAUAACGGUUUUUAAUUCACCUGGAUUAAUGGAUUAUCCGACAACCAGAUAGAACAGCGUGCGCGAAAAAGUAUCACCAAAUUGUCUCCGUCAGCGUGACGCCCAGUUCCCCCACGUGAUCGGGAUUACAUCAUCGUGAAUGUCCAGAGACGGCGGAGGUCAUGGCGACCUGCAAGGAGAAGGUGGCCACCUCGACCAGCUCCUCCCCCGGCCCCCGGGAACGGUUCCUUCUGACUCCGCCCCCUUGUGACUCCGCCCACUCCCUAGAAUGGGCGGACAGCAGCAGCAGCAAGAACAGGCGACGCAGCACCAUCCACUCCUACACCAUCGCCGUGUACCACACGCUGCCCAAGAACGCCAAGGCGAUGAAGGAGGUGCGCGCGAUGACGUCAUCGAAAGCUGCGAAGAAUUUGGUCUCGAUCAGCAUCGCCUUCAUGUUUAUUUACACGGGAUUUGUGUCGUUACAGAGCCUACAGAGCAGCCUACACCCCCAGGAGGGGCUGGGGGUCGUCUCCCUGAGCGUCAUCUACGGCACGACGGUCCUGUCCUGUCUGAUGGCGCCCUGGCUGAUUAACCGCUUGACCACCAAGUGGACCAUGGUCCUGGCCUUCUCCCUCUUCACCGCCUACUUCGCGGCCAACUUCUACCCCCGCCACUUCAUCCUCAUCCCCCUCAGCGUGGUCCUCGGCGCCCUGGCCGGGCCCAUGUGGAGCGCCCAGGCCACCUACGUCACCACCCUCGCCCUGACCUACGCCCAGCACCGGCGCAUCGUCUUCGAAUCAGACGACGUCAUCAACCAGUUCAUGGGAGUAUUCUUCGGGUUUUACCGCUGCAGCCAAAUCUGGGGGAACAUCAUCUCCACGAUAAUCCUCUCCAAAAACGACACGGAUAUAGGAUUUAACACGACUUCCGACGCGUUUUCCGAAUUCAAAGACGCCCGGACGAAUUUUUCCGGAUCUCCACCCAGCUCUUCCAACGGCACUAAAAAAUGCGGCGCCAACACGUGCACGUACGUCUUCGAUGACGUCAUAUCCUCCCCGGCCGAUGGGACCUACAGCAACGACCUCAACGACCUCGGCGCGUCCAUCUCGGACUCGACCCGCUACAUGCUGCUGACGACGUACCUGGCCUGCGGGGUCAUGGCCGCCGUGGUCGUCAUGUCGCUGCUGGAUCAAAUCCACCUGGGGAAGACGGAGGCGGAUCCGGAGUUUUCCCAGUCGUCCUGGGAGCUGUGCCUGUCCACGGUGAAAAUGCUCAAGGACACCAAGUGUCUGCUGCUGAUGCCGAUGGUGGUGUUCGUUGGACUGGAGCAGGGCUUCAUGUUUGGGGACUUCACUAAG